UGGAAGUCACAAGCCGGGAGACUCAAAUUUCAGUUUGGAUCCCUCCAGCAGGUCACGGUCACAGUCCAGAAACGAAACCAGCUCCAAAGGCAGAUGAGUUGGGACCAUGGAGAUAUGGCAGCAAAUAUUUUCUCAGAAGAUUGGGCAGAUGAAACCAGGAGACAGGUGGACUCUGAAGGUGGAUUAUUACCUUCAGUCCAACGACCUGGACCCUGGAUGGAAGCAAUUCCUGCAACAACAUGCGUUUGCCAGGUUUGAGUGCUCACAGUGCUGGCACACCUGGCACUCGGCGCAGGUGAACAUUCUCUUCCACAUGCACCUGGACCGGAAGCAGAGACAGGGCCAGGUGAAGAUGAAAAUCUUCAGACAAGAGUGCAAGAAAUGCCUUGUGCCGAAACUGGAACUGCCUGAAUUCAGCCAGGAGAACGUCGAGAGAGUCCUGGAGAACCUGAUGCUGAAGAUUCGCGGGAAAUGCUACAGAGAGGCCAUCAAUCCCCACGACCUGUGCAAGAUCAUCGUCGAAGCUCAGACAAUGGGGCCACAUGACAGCUCCCACUGUGAAGCCUGCCGGCUGGGCAUCUGUUGCAUGAAAUAUGAAGCCCAAGCACCAGCCAGCACCUUCUUUAGGCCUGCUUCUCUAUUGCCACGCAUCUUUCCUGCCCAGGAGGAAUGGAGUGAAGCAGAGACGGGGAGUGGCCGUGACUCAGGGAGCGGCCGUGACUCGGGGAGCAGCUGUGACUGGCGGCGCUGCUGUUGCUACAGCACCGCCACCAUAUUUUUGGUCAUAUUUUUGGCUGUGCUCAUUUUUGUUCUGCUUUAUUUCAAAACCAAGUAGUGGAAAUUCGACACUCAUACUUGUCCCUAAUGUAACUGAACUGUAAUAACCUGAGUAGUCUGUAUCCACAAUCUGUCAGUCAUUAAGGUGCCACCGGACUCCUUGUUGUUUUUGUAAUAACUUGAGUAAUAACUGGGCUUGGAAAGAUUAAACUUUUAUCCGUAAAUGUCAGUAAAUGUCAGUGUUCACCACACACAUAUAAAGCAACAUCAGUGAUUGAAAUUUACCGAUAGGCAAAGUAAAAAAAUGCUGCUUGGGGCCUCCUUAGCACUGGAUUUCAGGAUAUUUACUUGGCAUAUUCUGACAGGUGAUGUUGACGGUUAUAAAGCUUUAAUUUUUUUGAAUCGCAACAUUGUCUGUCAUGAAGUAAUUAUUGUCUGACCCUCCCCACCCCAACUGCCUGACUGCCUCCUAAUUUCCCAUAACUAUGAACAUUUAAAUCAAUAAACAUUUGGGGAAAAAAAGCCUAAUCCCCGCCCCCCUUUUUUUUUGCAGCUGUGAAAAUUUACAGAGAUUAAAAUUUUAAAAAAUGCUUUAAAAUAACCAUGGAUAUUUUCUGUUAAAAUUAUAGAAGUAAUCAAAUUCUGCCAAGCCUAGUAAUAAUAGAUCAUGUACCUGUAUGUAUAGGGUUGAAUGCGUGCACAGGGCUCAGAGCUAGAAAAAAUGUCUUUUUAUUGGCCAGCUGAGCAGAUUUCAUCUAGGAGCCAUUGAGGGAUGGUAGCUAUGGACCCUUAAGUGCCCUUUUUGUGUGGUCAGUUUUCAGAGUAGAACUACCAUUUAAUUGUUGCAUAUAUAAUCUUUCCUAGGCUCCAGCCCUGGAUAAGCCGAGCAAUAGAACAGAAAAUGUACGUCAGGCAAAAGACCUUUGAAUUCGCUCACCUGAUCCUAGGGAGUUCAAAGGAGUGUUUAGGGCUUCAUUGAUUCUUGAGUCGGUGGAACCCGUGCCCCAGACAGAGAUCUUGGGCAUGAUUUUCUAAGCUGCCUGAGGACAGACAGCCUCCUGUUUAAAUAUCUAUGU